AUGAUUCCCUUUCCAACAUCCAGUGGUCCAGAAGUGACUUAUUCCAUAGAUGACGAUAUUCCAGUCUUACGAUAUACCAACCUAAAUCCACCAACGAAUGCAGCAACGCCCAAAGUGGUUAGUAAAACUUAUGAACAACAUACGUACAUCGACUGGAAUCAUGAAACGCUUGCGAUACCCCAUCAUUCUUCGUCAUAUAUUUCUCGCAAAUGGCUCAGCAUUGGUAUACUGGCUAUCCUUGUAGGGUAUGCGACUGCCGCAAUUCAAUUGAUUUCAGUUACUUUGAAUGAUUUCAAAAAAGGUCUCUGUUUGAGCGAUAGUGACAAAUGGUCACUCUUGAACCCGUACCUGACAUGUCCAAGCAAUGACUGGUAUGAAUGGUCAAGAUUCUUUUUUGAUUCAAAGAAUGAGCUUGUAAAUUGGCUUUUUAAUUUUCCAAUUUAUUUAGGAAUUGCCAUUCUAUGGUCUGCAAUUGCAUUGCAUAUCACAAUCAAUCGUGAUCAUUUAAUUAAACAAUCAGGAAUUCCAGAAAUCAAGUUAAUCAUAUCUGGUUUAAAUUUUAAUGUAAACCAGUACUUAGGAUUGAAAACCUUGUUCUAUAAAGUAACGGGAUUAAUGUUGGUUGUCAGCUCUGGUUUAUGGUUGGGCAAGGAAGGACCAUUGGUCCAUGUGUCAUGCUGUAUAUUUAACGUCGUGUAUUCUUUGUUGAUGCAGAGGAGUGGUAGAGUGAAUGAAGCAGUUCGACGAGAAAUACUUAGUGCUGCAACAGCAACCGGAAUUUCUGUUGCUUUCGAUUCUCCUAUCGGUGGUGUAUUGUUUGUCCUUGAGAACGGGAGAAAUUUUUUAGAACAGGAUCUAUUCCAAGUUAGUUUUGGAAACUUCAGUUGGUUAUUUUUAGAAAUUGUCCCUUUUAUUGUAUUGGGUGUGUUAGGUGGUAUCUAUGGGUUUUUGCUUAUCAAAUUUAACACUUAUUAUACAGAUGUCAAAUUUCGAAGAACGAUAAGAAAUAGAAUAUGUGAAUUAUUUCAGGUGCAGCAAAAAUGGGGCAAAUAUCUAGAAAUAGUUGCAGUGAUUGUUGUAACAACUUUAUUAAAUUUUCCAUUUUCUAUUUCCAAAUUACCUUUACGAGCAUAUUUGAAGUUGCUAUUCAAAGACUGUGCUAAAGAGUCAGCUUCAGAUUUAAACAGUGAUGACUUUUUAUGCCUGGGAGCACAUCUUGUUACCCUUUUCAAAUUGCUAUUCAUAUUGAUACAAGGGUUCUUUCUUACUGCUUAUAGUUAUGGAUUGGAUAUACCAGGUGGGAUUCUUUUGCCUUCUCUUGUUUUGGGUGCAACUGCAGGGAGAUCACUAGGUAUUAUUUCCCAAUCCUUGCAGGCUGCUGUCAAUUGGGACUCAUUGGCUACAUGCACUGAAAAAUCUUGCUUAGUUUCCCCUUCGUCCUAUGCUGUUGUAGGUGCGGCUGCAUUUAUGACUGGAAUAACAAAGUUGACCAUGUGCGUAGUAGUUAUUAUAUUUGAGAUGACUGGGGCAGUGACUUAUGUUCUUCCUAUAAUGUGUGCAGUGAUGAUCUCAAAAUUUGUGAGUGAUUGGCUAUGCCCUGUUAAUAUCUACGAUAAUUGGCUUCAGAAUAGUUUCAAUCAAGGGGAUAAUGUUGAAUACUCCAAAGGAUUUUCUAAUGAAGGAAAAGGCUCCGGUUUAGUAUCAUUCUCUACAUUAUCUACUACCAUUAAAACAAAGUUACCUGACAUUGCCGUUAAGGACUUAAUGAUCCCUUUGAAAAGCACAAAGUGCCUCUGCUUGAUUCCCAAAGAAGAAAAUAAUACCAUUAAUUCGUUGUACAGCUUAAUAAAUAAUGACAACCAUGAAGGCUACCCUUUAAUUGUCAAUUAUGAAAGUCCUAUAUACAUUGGAUAUGUUUCGAAGAUAGAGGUGAUGAAAAGAAUUAGCCAAUUGGAUGAUGACCCAAAUCUGGUUGUAUCAUUUCAAGUAGAGAACCUUCCCAACAGUAUACUAUCCAUGCAACUACAUUACGAAAGAAAUUUUGUGAAUGCUGGCUUGAUCCAAUUGGAAUUAUGCGUUGAGAAGCCAAUAAUCAUAGCAAAUGAACUGGCCCCAGCAGUAUUAAUAUCCGAAGAAUUCGAGAAAUUAUUUUUGAAUUAUCUAGUUAUAACUGAAAAAGACAAUCAUGGAGAACAUCUUAUGUGUGGCUUUAUUGACAGAUUUAUUUUGGCUAGCUUAAUUAGUGAUGAAUUUAAAGAGUUGCGAGGUAGUCAAUUUGACUACAUUUCGGGCUAUGAACAAGGUAACAAUGACAGCAAUGAGCAUUUAAGUCUCUCCAAUUUAAGGAUGAAUAGAAAGUCAAUUGAACUAAUUACAUAG